GUUGGCAAUGUGUGAAGAGAGGGCCUGCAAUGUGGCAAUCUCAAAAUUAGUUAGUUUUUACAGAAAUUUAUGACUUACAACAUCACACCAGUGUGGAAAAGUAGUUGAAGGUUGAUUUAUUUUGGCACUUUUUCUGUGACAUACAUUCAUGAAAGGUACAGUUUUGCAUCUGGUAAUGUUAACCACCCAGCCGCAGCACAGGCAGGGCUGCUGCUUUUCAGUUUCGAAACCGUCCAAGAAGGGACACUAAUACUGAGCUGGAACCAAAACAGGGAACCUUGCAUCAGACUGACAUUCACCUCUGAAGGGGUUUUGAUUCUCAGUUCAGGCCCAGUUUAGAGGAGGAACUGAGAGUGCUGACUGGGUUGUACAUGUACAUUGGGCAAAGUUGACUUGUGGACAAUUUCCUGUAACACCAGUAUCACAUGUGGUGAAGAUCACUUUCAGCUAUGUGGAAAGCUGUCGCCUCUAAAGCCGCCCAGGCUCCCCUGUGGCGGCAGGGGAGGUCCAUGUACAAGGUGUUGCCAAAGCAACCUGCCCGAGCAUGGCGCCAAACAACUGUCCAGGCAGCAAGAGCCAUGGCGUCUUCUACAUCAGAUACUCCAAAGAGGACAAUGCAAACAGUGGCCCCAAUGCCACAGUUACAAGAGAAAGAAGUCUCUAAGACAGCCCCUGAAUCUGCAGAAAAGUAUGUUGCUAUGGAUGGCAAUGAAGCAGCAGCUUAUGUUGCCUAUGCUCUGAGUGAUAUUUCUUUUAUCUAUCCCAUUAGCCCUGCCACAUCAAUGGGAGACCACAUGGACAAGUGGGCAAGUCUGGAGACAAAGAACAUCUUUGGAUCAACCGUAGAUGUUAACAUGAUGCAGUCAGAAGGUGGAGCGGCGGGUGCUCUUCAUGGUGCAGCUGCAGCAGGGGCUCUAAGUAGCACUUUCACUGCAUCUCAGGGGCUCCUUCUCAUGAUCCCAAAUAUGUACUUACUUGCCGGGGAACUUGUUCCCACAGUGUUUCAUGUCUCUGCUCGCACUGUCUCUAAGCAUGCCCUCUCCAUUUUUAAUGAUCACUCUGAUGUCAUGGCCACUAGACAAACUGGCUUUGCCAUGCUAUGCUCAAGUUCAGUACAAGAAGUAAUGGAUCUUGCUCUGGUGUCUCACAUUGCUUCAGUGAAGGCAAGAUUGCCAUUUAUGCACUUCUUUGAUGGUUACAGAACAUCAGCAGAGGUUUCAAAGAUUAAGCCAAUACCAUACUCGGCAAUGGCUGAAAUCUUUCCAGACGACCUAGCACAGAAGCACUUAAGAGACUUUGCCUUGAAUCCAAACAAGCCAAUGAUAAGAGGUACUGGCCAACGGCCAGACAUCUUUUUUCAGUCCACAGUUGCAGCCAACAAAUACUACAAUGAAUGCCCUUCAAUCGUGGAACAAACCUUGGAAGAAGUGUAUGCAAUCACAGGGAGAAAGUACAAUCUGUUUGACUACCAUGGCUCACCCACAGCAGAUCGAGUGGCCGUUAUCAUGGGAUCUGGAGCAAAGACCAUCGAAGAAACUGUUGACUACCUGAAUGCCAAAGGAGAAAAUGUGGGUGUUGUGAAUGUUCAUUUGUUCAGACCCUGGUCUUCCAAGCAUCUUUUGGCGGCCAUACCACAAUCAGCCACCAAGAUCGCAGUUUUGGAUAGAACACGAGAAGAUGGGGCUGCUGGGAUGCCACUGUUUCUGGAUGUCAACGUUGCCUUCAGUGAUGCCAAAAGACAAGCCCUAAUAACAGGUGGCCAGUAUGGAUUAGCCUCCAAAGAAUUUACUCCUGAAAUGGUACAAGCAGUCUUCGAAAACUUGAAUGCAGAAAAACCUAAGGAAAGUUACGUGAUUGGAAUUGAAGACGACGUGACCCACACCUCCCUCCCAUAUGGGGCUCCACUUAAAACCAUCCCUGAGGGUACCAAGCAGUGCAUAUUCUGGGGUUUGGGAUCAGAUGGCACAGUGGGAGCUGCUAAGGAAGCCAUCAAAACAAUUGGCCUGAACACUCCCCUGAAAGCCCAAGGACAUUUUGUUUAUGAUUCUCAUAAAGCUGAUGGUGUCACGAUCUCACAUGUACGUUUUGGACCAGAAGACAUCAAGAGUGAGUACACAAUCCACUCAGAUGCAGAUUAUGUAUCAUGUGCCCACCCCAGCUAUGUCUACAAAUUCAAUCAGUUGCUGGAGCCACUCAAGCCUGGAGGAACCUUUGUCCUAAACUCACCUUGGGUUACGAUGGAGGAAAUGCAAGCCAAACUGCCGGCUCUCAUCAAGCAACAGAUCGCUGAAAAGAAACUUCAGUUCUACAAUAUUGAUGCCAUUGGACUAGCUGCAAAAGUGGGCCUUGGAAAGCGCAUUAACAUGAUCAUGCAGGCGGCUUUUUAUGAGCUGUCUGGUGUCUUGCCAGUUGAAGACGCAAUGCAGUUGUUAAAACGCUCCAUUGAGAAGUCCUAUGGCCAUAAGGGACCAAAGAUUGUAGAGAGCAACCAGUCUGCAGUCGACAGUGCAAGGAAAAGCAUUCAAAAGAUUGAUUAUCCGUCAUCUUGGGACAGAAGUGAUGCCAAUGCUGCGAAGAAAAGUGCAUCAAACGAGCCAGAAUUUGUUGAAAAGAUCAUGCACCCAGUGUUGGCGUUAGAAGGAGAUAAAUUGCCUGUCAGCGCCUUUGAACCUGGCGGUUACAUGCCUAUUGGAACUACAGAGUAUGAAAAAAGAGGAAUUGCUCCAAAUAUCCCAGUGUGGAUCCCAGAUGCCUGCACACAGUGUAACUACUGUGCCAUUGUUUGCCCUCAUGCUGUGGUUAGACCAUUUUUACUGGACAAAAAUGAAGCCAAAUCUGCUCCACCUGGGUUUGAAGCAAGAAAAGCCAAAGGUGGUGCUGAAGUGUCUGGCUUUAAUUACACUAUCCAAAUCUCACCAAUGGACUGCACAGGUUGCGAAGUGUGUGUUGAAUCUUGCCCAGAUGAUGCUUUGUACAUGGCCCCAUUUAACGAGGUGGCAGAGAAAUAUCGUCCACACUGGGACUAUGCUAUUAAGCUGGACGAAAAGGGAGAAAUUGGUGACAAGUUCACUGUGAAAGGCAGCCAGUUUGAAAAGCCAUUGAUGGAAUUUUCAGGAGCCUGUGCUGGUUGUGGAGAGACGCCUUACAUGAAGUUAGCAACACAACUGUUUGGGGAUAAGAUGGUGAUUGCCAAUUCCUCUGGAUGUUCUUCUGUAUGGGGUGGAACAGCAGCGGCUGUGCCAUUCACAACAUCCAAAGAUGGCAGGGGACCAGCAUGGGGCAGAUCACUUUUUGAAGACACAGCUGAGUACGGAUUCGGUAUGAUGCUUGCAACCAAACAGAGACGUAGAAUGUUGCAGAAGGACGUUGAAUUGGCGAUGGAAAAUGUUCCCCUCAGUGAAGAGCUACACAGUCUCUUUGGAAAGUGGGUUAAAAACAUGGAUAGCUCUGCCCAUUGUGAUAACUUGGCCCCAAUGAUUGAAGAAGCCUUGGAAAAAGAGAAGGACAAAGACCCAAUCUUACAGAGACUACACCAACAGCGGGAUCUUUUCCGCACACAGUCUCAUUGGCUUGUUGGGGGAGAUGGCUGGGCAUAUGACAUCGGAUACGGGGGCCUUGACCACGUAAUUUCGAAAGGUGAAAAUGUUAACAUCUUGGUUUUGGACACUGAAAUGUACUCCAACACAGGAGGUCAGGUAUCAAAGGCCACACAGCUAUCGACUGUAACGAAGUUCGCGUCCUCCGGGAAGCGUCAUGUCAAGAAAGACCUUGGAAUGAUGGCCAUGUUGUACGAAAACGUGUACGUUGCUUCGGUGGCUUUGGGUGCCAACAUGAAUCAAACCGUGCAAGCGUUCAAGGAGGCGGAGUCUUACAAUGGCACAUCAAUUAUUAUUGCCUACUCACCGUGCAUUGACUGGGGCAUCGAGAUGAAAAACAUGAUGCACGAACAAAAGGAAGCUGUAGAAAGCGGCUACUGGACACUGUACAGAUUUGACCCACGGAAGGCAGAUUUAGGACAAAAUCCUUUCCAACUUGAUUCAAAAAGAAUCAAAGGAGACUUGCACGAGUUUUUGCAUCAGCAAAACAGAUUCCAGCAGUUAGUUCGAAAGAACAAGGAUGAAGCUGCCUUGCUUCAUACGUCACUGCACGAUAUAUCAUCCCAUCGUCACAAGAAACUACUUAAGAUGGCCAUGGAUGAACAUGAACUUCUAGAACAUCUGAAAAAUUUACUGGGAGAAGAAGUGUCAACUGAGAAAUCCAUUAUUCUCUAUGGUUCUGAAACAGGCAAUGCAGAAAACUUGGCCCAUGUGUUUUCAACGGAAUUAAAAAGGCGGGGAAUAAGGGCAAAGUGUCUUGCUAUGGAUGACUUCGACGUUGAGGAACUACCAUCACAAGCCAACGUUUACUGUAUCGUAGCAACAUGUGGGCAGGGUGAAUUCCCAGGCAACUGCAAGAACUUCUGGGAACAGCUCUCCAAACCCGAUUUGCCUGCAGACUUCCUGGAAAAUACUAAGUUUGCUGUCUUCGGCCUUGGUGACACUUCAUAUGUAUUUUACAAUGAGUCCGCAAAGGCCUUUGACAAGCGUCUGGAAGAACUCGGGGCCCAAAGGAUUCUUGACAUUGGGUUGGGAGACGACAAAGACGAUGAGAAGUACGAAACUGCUUGGUCCGACUGGUGCCCCAACCUGUGGAACGAGCUGGGCACUCCUCCACCCCCACAAGAAUUAAUGCCACCAACAUAUCGUGUGGAGGUUGAUACGACUGGGUCUGUUUCGGCUCCGAAGGACGCUAUCGUUCCAUCAGGCUACAAACUCGUCCCUAUGACCAAAAAUGUUGUCCUGACGCCACCAGACUACGAUCGUGACAUUCGGCACUACGAGUUUGAUUUGAAGGAGUCCGGAAUGCAGUACGCAAUCGGAGAGUGCCUUGGAAUCUACCCUCACAACAACAUAGAUGAGGUGAUAAACUUUCUGGCUGAGUGCAACAUUGGCCCAGAUAAUGUUAUUACCCUUGAAGACACAACUGGACGCAAAGACCCGCUACCGGCGGUUGCAACAGCCAGUCAGCUUUUCCAGGAGGUACUUGAUGUCUUCGGCAGGCCCAGCCGACGAUUCUACGAAACACUUGCACUUGCGGCUACAGACGAAAAUGAGAAGAAAGAAAUUGAAUAUAUCAUCAGCAAAGAAGGAACUGAAAAGUACAAGGAAAUGAUAAGUGAAACGACGACUUUUGCCGAUCUGUUAAGAAAAUAUCCCUCUGCAAAGCUGCCCCUGGACUACAUGGUGGACCACAUACCAAGAAUUAAACCUCGCCUGUACUCCAUCGCUUCAGCUUCUGAAAUGCAUGGCGAUAAACUCCAUCUGUGUAUUGUAAAAGAUGACUGGACAACACCUUCUGGAAAAUACCGCAGGGGUCUUUGCACCCACUAUUUGCAAAACCUGGGUCUUGGUGAGUCACCAGAUUUCAUUUCUGGUAAAAUCAACGCUGCAGGAAUCACCAUUCCGGACUCACACAAACCACCAUUUGUCAUGGUUGGACUUGGAACUGGUCUUGCCCCAUUCCGAGCCUUCAUUGAAGAACGUGAAGUGUGCCGCACUCGCGGAGAAGACGUCGGAGAAAUGGCUCUGUUCUUCGGUGCUCGUCAUAAGAGGACGGACUACACAUACGGCGACGAACUGGAAGAGUACCAUUCGAAUGGCAAAGGUGUGCUUACCGUGCUGUCGAACGCCUUCUCCCGUGACCAAGCUCACAAGAUCUACGUACAAAAUCGUAUCCAGGAACAUCCAGAAAUUAUCUACGACUACUUGAUGAAGAAGAAGGGUUAUUUCUACCUGUGUGGGCCAGCAGGAAACGUGCCCCCGGCUGUAAGGCAAGCCGUCGUUGACGCCUUUGUGAAAGUUGGCGGACACAAACCUGAGGAAGCUGACAAGAUGGUCACCGACAUGCAGAUUGAAGGCCGUUACAACGUUGAGGCUUGGUAACAUAACCGUUACAUAGACCUGACUCAACAUAGAAACAGUUAGAAACAUUCCUAGGCAAAUUUUCAGUAUGUGUGAGACUCAAUGGAUUUUUCACGCGAUGUUCCUCCAGCAGAUGUACUUUCAGUUAGGGUUAAAUUGCGUGUACGUCGCAGACACUGGAAGACUAUGAAAAACUCUGUUUCAUCAGUGCCAUUAUUUUAUCAGUGCCAUUAUUUUAGUGCUAUUAUUAUUUUCCUGAGUAUGUUUUUGUUCCCCAUUAUUAGUUUUACUUCACGAUAAAAAUUGUCUUCAGGGAAAGCUAUUUGUUUUUGAAGUGUUUACUGAGAUGUAUAAUAGUGUUUAGUAACCUGUAUUACGGUGUCUCGGAGAAUUUAGUUUCGGUAGUGACUUACAAUCAUAAGUCUGUUACACUGAUUAAACAUAGCUCUAGUUACAUCACUGAAGCAUAUAAAACAAAGUAUAGUGGAAUGAAGUCUAGAAAGUUGUAUUAUGUACCUUAUUUAACGGAAGGUUUACCAAGUUCGUGUAAACCGGUACGUUGUAAAUACUACGGAGAUCCACACUUGUCUCUUGUGGGCCUUCAGAAUAUGUUUGUUGAUCUGUCCCUUUUGGAAUUGGCUUGUAUUGUUUGUUACAUUUGAUGAAAGUUGUAACUGAGGUUGAUGAGCAAGACAUAGUUUUAUGUCAUGAAAUGGUCUUCGAUUAAUUGGCUAAUUGGCUUGUCUUUGUGUAAUGACGACAAUGGCUAAAUGUUUACUUCUAAGAGAUCCCCGUCUCACUGGAGUACAUAAGAGUGUAUAGGUGUAAAAAAAAAGAAACUUGUAUUUUAUUCUGCUCAACUAUGACGCUCCACAGAUUGUCAUGACAUCUAGGUUUAGGACAGUCUUAACGUUACGUUUUGCCUGUACUUAAUGAUAGACUAACAAUCUAAAUUGAAUAUAUUUUUGGUGUCGAUUGGCAUUAUUUUGCCAUAAGUAAUAUACAGUCUCCUAACAGUUAAGGUUUUUCACUGUGUCAUCUGGAGUCGGCGUAUAUUGUGACACCGGACUGAUCCACCUUUGACACUGGAGGGAAUUUACUUGUGACGCCGCAUGCGCAUGAAUUAUAUCCACAAUGAAGGAUUUUUGAAGUUGUCUUAAAUACUUCAUGUUCAGUCAAGUAUAAAUGAACUAAUGCUUUUGUGAAUGACUUGAUGAAUACAAACGUUUUGAUUUUGCAUGUCAUUGUACUCUUGUUUUUUUUUUUAAAUUCCUUGCUGUGUUCCUAUAUGCGUAUAAAUAUUUAGUAUUGUAUUAUUAGUAAAUACCUAAUUGUCUCCAUUUCAAAUCAGUUGUCUCCCACUGAGUCUUUUUUAUUUAUCUGCGCGUGAUGUUGAUGGUGUUAUACUAGAUCAAGUAAAAACACACCUGAUAUAAAUGUAAGUUGUUAUAAUAUGAAUAGACCUUGGAUGAGGUCACCAACAGUGUAACUAUUGUACAUAUCUUUUAUGUAUUGUUUCGGUGAGUGGAAAAGCAAAAUAAAAAUGCGAACUUUUUUGAACCGUAUAA